GGAACCUGAGUCGACUAGGUAAUCAUCAGUGAACCCUAUACAUCAAACGCAGCCCCAAAUACACAGUCAGAAUCAACGAAUUACAGAGCCUUCCAAAUUAUUCAAAAGUUGGCCUGCAGAAAUGAAGGUGAGGUCGUCAGUGAAGAAAAUGUGUGAAUUCUGUAGAACAGUGAAACGUCGUGGUAGAGUCUUUGUUCUGUGCUCCGCAAAUCCUAAGCAUAAACAGCGACAAGGUAUCUCGACAGUUUCUUUCCCGGAAGGUUCUCUCACGUCCAGAAUAUCAGAAAUGCAGAUAACUCAAAGCAGUUAUCAAGCUCCUAUUUCUAACUCUGGCACUGGAGGUGGCUUGGCAUCUCUACUGGUUGAGAGGAAAGUGCCCGUGCUUUUUGCUGGAUGGAGAGUAAACAUAGCAUCUCUUCUUCAGACACGGGCCAAGUGAUGAUUGCCGAAAUGUUACCUUUUGAUGUCGGAGGGAUUUUAUUUGCUUUCUGUGUUUAUGGGUUAAUAGCCUGCUGACACAAUAUUUUUAUGUCUCUCUUUAAGGAAUACAAUUAUUAUGCUCAUAUAAAAUAAUGCAGUCAAACUUUUGAGGAUCA